GAUCAGGAGCAGAAUUGGAAUGGAAACACGUCAAAUAUAACAUGUCCUUCGCCCUCUUGCGCUACGAAUCCGAUCUGUGCUCUUCGUUCCUGAUCAGAAUCAGCAACGAUCUUCCACUCAGCUCUCUCAAGGGUCUAAGCAUCUGGGGAGAAUUCUGGCUCAGCAUGCACGAUUGGAAUCAUGCCCUUACCCCAAAAUUGCAUGGCCUGCACGUUCUGCAGAUCAGCGGGCCAGCGAUUAUCGGGUUUAUUGAGGGUGUCAAGACCACCAUACCCCCUCUCAGCGAGAUCGGGGCGCUGCACACUACGACGCAAGUCGAGCAUAUCCUUCACUCGCCCUUUAUGCCCCGCCUGACGUCUCUAUGGAUCGAGAAUGCUGACUUGAGGGCCAACUGCGAGCUCUUUAACGGACUGGUCGACGUGCUGAAGCAUCGGAAAGAAGUUGAACACCUUCCACUUCACACUUUGCAUCUCAAAGAUUGUAACGUCCACCCUUGGCAGGUGGAUGAGCUGUCGCGGUGGGUGUUAUCUCCCACAAAGUGGGAUCAGUGCAAGCACGGCAUGGACAAGGUUUCUUAUUGUAUAUUGAAAGAGACAUAUUGGGAUGAGGAGGAUGAGGAGAAUCCUGUAGUUGACAGCGAUGAGGGUACGGAGCCAUAUUGGCAUGACAAUGAUUUGUUCGAAGAUGAAAUUGAUGACGAUAUCUUUUUCGAUAAUUGAAUGAUAUGUCUACAUGAUCGG